GCUGUGUUCGCACUGCUGUCCGCGGAACCUGCUCAGUCACGAGCUCUCACUUUGGCGCAUCAGUUUCCUCGUAAUAAAUGAAUUGUAAGUUUAUUGAUAAAUGCGUGUGCAUAGUAAAGGAAGGAGAGCAAAAUGAGCUGGGCUUUGGAAGAGUGGAAAGAGGGCCUGCCUACGAGAGCUCUCCAGAAAAUUCAGGAGCUUGAAGGACAGCUGGACAAACUGAAGAAAGAAAGGCAGCAAAGGCAGUUUCAGCUUGAGACUCUGGAGGCCGCGCUGCAGAAGCAGAAACAGAAGGUUGAGCAUGAAAAAACUGAGGGCGCAAACCUAAAAAGGGAGAACCAGAGCUUGAUGGAAGUAUGUGAAAAUCUGGAGAAGACCAGGCAGAAAAUUUCUCAUGAACUUCAAGUCAAGGAGUCACAGGUGAAUUUCCAAGAAGGACAACUGAACUCCAGCAAAAAACAAAUAGAAAAACUGGAACAGGAACUAAAAAGGUGUAAAUCCGAACUUGAAAGAAGCCACCAGGCUGCACAGUCUGUCGAUGCGUCUCUGCAUCCAUGCACUACACCACAAAAAAUUUUUGCAACUCCACUAACACCAAGUCAACAUUAUAGUGGCUCCAAAUAUGAAGAUCUAAAAGAGAAAUAUAAUAAAGAAGUUGAAGAACGAAAAAGGUUAGAGGCAGAGGUUAAAGCCUUGCAGGCCAAGAAGGUGAGUCAGGCUACUCCCCAAAGCACAAUGAGCCACCGGGACAUUGCACGGCAUCAGACUUCGUCAUCCGUGUUCUCAUGGCAAGAAGAGAAGACCCCAAGUCGGCUCCCGUCGGGAGCACGGAAAACUCCGAUUAGGCGAGAUUUCUCUGCAUCUUCUUUUAUUGCGGAACAAGAGGUGACUCCAAGUAGAUCAACUUUGCAAACAGGGAGAAGAGAUGCUAAUAGCAGUUUCUGUGAAAAUUCUAGCAAUUCUCAUCUUUUGGAUCAACUAAAAGCUCAGAAUCAAGAGCUAAGGAGCAAGAUUAAUGAUUUGGAACUACGUCUACAAGGACAAGAAAAAGAAAUGAAGAGCCAAGCGAGUAAAUGUCAAGAACUCCAACUCCAGCUGGAGAAAGCCAAAGCGGAAUUAAUGGACAAAGAGAAAGCUUUGAAUAAAAGUGGGGAUGAACUGGUGAGAACUACAGCACAGUACGACCAGGCGUCAGCCAAGUGUACUACGUUGGAACAAAAACUGAAAAGAUUGUCUGAAGAUUUGAGUUGUCAGCGGCAAAAUGCAGAAAGUGCCAGAUGUUCUUUGGAGCAGAAAAUCAAGGAGAAAGAAAAGGAGUUUCAAGAGGAGCUCUCCCGGCAGCAGCGCGCCUUCCAAGCACUGGACCAGGAGUGCACGCAGAUGAGAGCCAGACUCACCCAGGAGCUACAGCAAGCCAAGAACACUCACAACAUCCUGCAGGCUGACCUGGAUAAAGUCACAUCAGGAAAGCACCAUCUAGAAAAAAAUUUGGAAGAGCUCAAGCAAAGGUUUUGCAGAACCGAGCAGGCGUUACAGGCGAGUCAGAUGCAAGAAAACGAGCUGAGGAGAAGCAGUGAAGAAGCGAAGAAGGAGAACAGCCUCCUUAAGAGCCAGUCUGAGCAAAGGGCCAGAGAAGUCUGCCGCCUGGAGGAGGAACUGAGGAAGGCCGGACAGAGUUUGAGUCAGAGCCAGAGUUUUGCUGACGAAAUGAGGGCUAAGAAUGCCUCUCAGGAAACCAUGUUAAGAGAGCUUCAAGAAAAAAUCAAUCAGCAAGAGAAUUCCUUGACUUUAGAGAAACUGAAGCUUGCCUUGGCCGAUCUGGAAAAGCAGCGAGAUUGUUCGCAAGACCUUUUGAAGAAAAGGGAACAUCACAUUGAACAACUGAACGAGAAGUUAAGCAAAACAGAGAAAGAGUCCGAGGCUCUGCUGAUUGCUUUGGAGUUAAAAAAGAAAGAAUAUGAAGAAUUGAAAGAAGAAGAGACUCUCUUUGUUCAUUGGAAACGUGAAAAAGAACAGCUUCUAAGUCAGCUGGAAUCAGAGAAGGGAAGCUUGCAGAGUAAACUUCAUCACCUGGAAACUUGUCUCAAGACACAACAAAUAAAAAGUCACGAAUACAAUGAGAAAGUAAGAACACUGGAGAUGGAAAGCGAAAAUCUGAAUGUUGAGAUCAGAAACCUUCACAAUGUGAUAGACGGCAAGACGGUGGAGGUGGAGACACAGAAACAAGCCUAUGUAGAACUACAGCAGAAAGCCGAGCUCUCGGAUCAGAAACAUAAGAAGGAAGUAGAAAAUAUGUGCCUGAAAAUGUCUCAGCUUACUGGGCAAGUUGAAGAUCUAGAACACAAGCUUCAGUUAGUGUCAAGUGAAGUAUCAGACAGAGACCAGCGUUACCAGGACUUGUGUGCUGAAUAUGAGAGCCUCCGGGAUCUGCUAAAAUCCAAAGGGGUUUCUCCAGUGACAAAUGAAGCUCAUCCUAGAAGUCUUUUGGCCUUCGAAGAACAGUCUGCAAUGAAUAACUCCUUUGCGAAUAUAUUUGGAGAACAAAGAAGCACGCCUUCAGGAAGGAGCAGAUGUCGUUUAGAAGCAGACCAUAGUCCAGAAAGUUCAGCCAUCUUACAAAAUCGAGUCAUUUCUCUUGAGUUUUCAUUAGAGUCUCAAAAGCAGAUGAACUCAGACCUGCAAAAGCAGUGUGAAGAGUUGGUGCAAAUCAGAGGCGAAAUAGAGGAUAAUCUCACCAAAGCAGAGCAGAUGCAUCAAAGUUUUGUGGCCGAAACAAGCCAACGCAUUAAUAAGUUACAAGAAGACACUUCUGUUCAUCAGAAUGCCUUUGCUGAAACUUUAGUUGCCCUGGAGAACAAGGAAAGAGAGUUCCAACUUUUGAAUGAAAAAUUAGAAACAGAGCAAGCAGAGAUUCAAGAGUUAAAAAAGAGCAACCAUUUACUUCAAGAAUCUCUAAAGGAGCUACAACUUUUGUCUGAAAGCCUGAGCUCAGAGAAGAAGGAAAUGAGUGCUGCCCUUUCUCUAAACAGAAAAGAAAUCGAAGAGCUGACCCGAGAGAAUGAGACCCUCAAGGAAAUCAAUGCAACCUUAAGCCAAGAGAAGAUUAACUUACUCCAAAAAAGUGAGAGUUUUUCAAACUGUAUAGACGAAAGAGACAAAAGCAUUUCAGAGUUAUCCAAUCAGUACCAGCAAGAAAGACUUAUUUUACUACAAAGAUGUGAAGAAGCAGGAUGUGCACUUGAGGAUCUUAGUGAAAAAUAUAAAGCAGCUCAAGAAAAGAACUCUGAAUUAGAAUGCUUGCUAAGUGAUUGCACCAGUGCUUGUGAAAAUAGAAAACAUGAACUGGAACACCUAAAGGAGACAUUUGCACAGGAACGCCAAGCAUUUGUAACAAAAUUAGCAUUUGCCGAAGAAAGAAACCAGAAUCUAAUCCUAGAGCUGGAGGCAGUGCGGCAUGAUCUGAGAUCAGAGAUUGCGGAUAUCCAAAACAAUUCCAAGAGCGAGGCAGACUGUUUAAAGCAAGAAAUCAUGACCUUAAAGGAAGAACAGAGUAAGAUGCAAAAGGAACUUAAUGCUCUGUUACAAGAGAAUGAGCACCUGAUGACCUUAACGGAGACGAAACAAGAGCAUCGGAUUCUAGAAUCAGAACCAAUUAGCGACUCUGUGAAGGGAGAGAGUGACAUAAAUGAAUGUCAUGUUCAGCUUCCCAUGGAUCUUGAAGUCGAAGAUCCCUCUCUCGACUGUGACAGUGCACAGUUGGUACAAUCAGGAGCUAAGAUAAGAAAGAGGGAAUUCAAACUUGAGGAAAGUGAGGAGAAGGAGUGCCUACAGACAAUUAGAAUAGAAUUAGACAUGGGAAAUGUGGGACAAGACACUCAGUCGCAAGAACUUAGUGGCCCCGAAGAAUGCGCCGUGGACACAGGAGGAAAGCAUAUUUCUGUGCUUCAUGAGUUGUCAACAAGUCAGAAUGACAAUGUGCAUCUGCAGUGCUCUCUUCAAAUGGCAAUGCACAAGCUGAAUGAGCUAGAGAAAAUUUGUGAAACGCUGCAGGUUGAAAAGCUCGAGCUAAUAACUGAGCUCAAUGACUCAAGAUCAGAAUAUAUCACAGCAACUAGUAAAAUGGCAGAAGAGGUGGGCAAACUAGUAAAUGAAGUUAAAAUACUAAAUGAUGAACACGGACUUCUCCAAGGCGAGUUAGUGAAAGAAUUGGUAGAAGAUAAACUUGGUGAACAACAAAAUGAGCAGAAAUUUGUGUCCUUAAAUCCUUUGGAUGACAGUAAUUGCUAUGAGCACUUGACACUGUCAAACAAAGAAGUUCAAAUGCACUUCGCUAAGUUACAAGAGAAACUUUCAUCUUUACAAAGCGAACACAAAAUUUUACAUGAUCAGCACUAUCAUAUGAGCUCUAAGAUGUCAGAGCUACAGUCUUAUGUGGACACAUUAAAGGCUGAAAAUUCGGUCUUGUCAACAAGUCUGAGAACGUUCCAAGGUGACUUGGUAAAGGAAGAGAUGCCAGUACCCCAGGAAGGGCAUUUCCUGUCAUUGUCAUUCUCUCAUAUGACUGACAGCCCUGGUCUUACAAGUUUGGGAGAAUCCUCUUUUUACAAAGAUCUUUUAGACCAGUCAGGGGAAACAUCUCUUUUGAAUAAUUUAGUCGGGAAUAUUUCGGCAAACCAGUCUAACGUAGAAGAAGGAUCUUGCUGCAGUCUGGAGGAGGAGAAUCCGACCAAGAAAAAGAUUCUGUCUACCCCAGUGAAGAGCAUUGAAGAACUUGAGAUCCUCUGUCAGAUGUACCUGCAAUCCCUCAGAAAGCUAGAGGACAAAAUUGAAAGUCAGGAGAUUAUGAAAAAUAAGGAAAUUGAAGAGCUUGAGCAGUUAUUAAGUUCUGAAAGGAAAGAGCUUGACUGUCUUAGGAAGCAGUAUUUGUCAGAAAAUGAACAGUGGCAACAGAAGCUGACAAGUGUGACCGUGGAGAUGGAGUCCAAGUUGGCAGCAGAAAAGAAACAGACUGAACACCUGUCACUUGAGCUCGAAGUCGCCCGACUUCAGUUACAGGGUCUGGACUUAAGUUCACGGUCCUUGCUCAGCAUCGACAUAGAAGAUGCUCUCCGGGCUGGAGACAAUAACUGUGACAUAAAAGAGUUGGAAGAACAUACUUUGGAAGCUAAAGAGAGCACACCAGAGCAUGACUUUCAUCAGAUUUGUGAGAAGGGGAUUCAGCAGAACCUUGGUGUAGAGAUGGGGAAAAUAGCCGAGACAGAUGCAGCCAGAUCCACAGGAGAAUGGUCUAGGGAACAGUCUCUGGAAACCAGUUACGAGACCCCAGUAGAAGACAAAACCCCGGGCUGUUCAGAACGUAUUGCUCAGUUGUCUCUUUCUGACCCUAAUGCUCUAGGACCUAUGGAUUUCCUGGAGAAUCAGGUCACCAUUCAGAAUCUCCAGCUUCAGGUUAAAGAGACAUCAAAUGAGAAUUUGAGGUUACUUCACGUCCUAGAGGAACGUGACAAAAAAGUUGAAAGUUUGCUAAAUGAAAUAAAAGAGUUAGACUCAAAACUCAAUUUACAGGAAGCACAGCUAGCCGCCAAGAUGGAAGCAUGUAUAGAAUUAGAAAAAAUAGUUGAGGAACUUAAGGAAGAGAAAUCAAAUUUAAGUGAAAGACUGGGGUCCUUUCCUUGUGACAACCAGGAGUUACACCAGAGAACAGAGAGUUUGGAAGGCCUCAGUUCCAAUUUAGAAGUAGGCACAGAUAAAUUGUCACAUGAAGUUAUUGAAGAUCAUGUAGCCACAGUGAACAUCAACUGGAGAGAGCGAUUUCUUGAUGUGGAAAAUGAGCUCAAGAGGAUCAAAUCUGAGAAAGGUAGCAUUGAGCACCACGCACUUUCUGUGGAAGCUGCCUUAGAGACGGUUCAGACGGAGAAGCUAUAUUUAGAACAAGACAAUGAAAAUAAGCAGAAAGUGAUAGCCCAUCUUGAAGAGGAACUCUCUGUGGUCACCAGCGAGAGAAACCAGCUUCAUGGAGAAUUAGAUACUUUGUCAAAAGAAAAUAAAGAACUGGAUCUGUUGUCUGAAAAGAUGAAGCAGAAAAUACAAGAGCUUGAGUCUCAUCCAGAUGAAUGUCUGCAGCCCAUUGACAAGGCUGGCACUGAGGUAAAGGACCAAACACAGGUCCCUGAGACACUAUCCUCCAAUGUAAGUGAGCUGUUGGAAGAGAACGCUCGUCUCCAGGAGCAGCUGCAGAGUUUGGAAAAGGACUCACAGGCCCUGUCUUUGGUAAAAAGUGAGUUGCAAAUCCAAAUCGAGCAACUAAAUAAAGAAAAAGAAUCACUUGCAAGGGAAUCUGAAAGGCUGCAGACCAGACUGAGUGAAUUGGAACAUGAAAAACUGACUGUCUCCAAGUCCUUGGAGAAUGCACUGAUGGAAAAGGGUGAGGUUGCGGUGAGGCUGAGCUCAACGCAGGAGGAAGUGUGCCAGCUAAGAAAAGGCAUCGAGAAGCUGAGGGUCCGCAUUGAAGCUGACGAAAAGAAGCAGCUUCACGUCUUGGAGAAACUGAGAGUGAGCGAGCGUAAGACCGAUUCACUUCAGGAUAAAGUCGAGAAUCUUGAAAGAGAACUACAGAUGUCAGAGGAAAACCAGGAGCUGGUGAUUCUUGAUGCUGAGAAUUCUAAAGCAGAGGUGGAGACCCUAAGGACACAAAUUGAAUUGAUGGCCAAAAGCCUGAAAGAUUUGGAAUUAGACCUUGCCACAGUAAGGCUCGAAAAAGAAAAUCUGAUGAAACAACUAAAAGAAAAACAGGGUCAAGUAUCUGAAUUAGAUACAUUACUCUCUACAUGCAAAGGUCUAUUAGAAGAAAAGGAGAAAGAAAAAAUAGAGCUCAAAGAAGAAUCUAAAGCUGCAUUGGAGAUGCUCCAAACACAACUGAAAGAGCUAAAUGAGGAAGUCGCAGUCCUGUGCGAUGACCAAGAAAUCCAGAAGGUCAAAGAACAGAGUCUGGACUCCUCGGUGCCGGAAAUACAUCUUCUGAGAAACAGCAUUGAAAAGCUGAAAGUCCGCCUCGAGGCUGAGGAAAAGGAGCAGCUCCAGGUCUUAGAGAAACUGAAGGAAAGUGCACUUCACGCCGACUUGCUUAAGAAUAGAGUGGAGAGCCUUGAAAGAGAACUAGAGCUAUCCAGGAAAGACCAAGAGCGUGUGGUUCUGGAGGCUGAGAAUUCCAAAGCUGAGGUAGGGACCCUGAAAGCAAAAAUAGAGGAGACGGCCCAAAACCUGAGAGACUUGGAAUUAGAUCUGGUCCAUAUGAGGUCAGAAAAAGAAAACAUGACCAAAGAAUUACAGAAAGAGCAAGGACGAGUAUCUGAAUUAGAAAUGCUUAAUUCUUCAUUUGAAAACCUAUUGCAAGAAAAAGAGCAAGAAAAAGUACAGAUGAGAGAAGAUUCUAAGAUGGCAGUGGAAAUGCUUCAAACACAACUAAAAGAGCUAACUGAGAAAGUGGCCGCCUUGUGUCAUGACCAAGACACCUGGAAGGCCCAAGAACAGAAUCUUAGCUGUCAAGUAGAUGCUCUUGAACACGAGAAAGCUCAGUUGCUACAAAACCUUGACGAGGUCAAGAGCAGUUACAUUAAUUUGCAGUCUUCUGCCAAUAGCCUCAUUCAGCAGGUAGAAGAUGGCAAACAGAAGCUAGAGAAGAAGGAUGAGGAAAUCAGCAUCCUGAAAAAUCAGGUUCAGGACCAGGAGCAGCUCAUCUCUAAACUGUCCCAGGCAGAAGAAGAACAGCAACUUUGGAAGAAGCAAAAAGGGGAACUGGAAAAUGUGACGGUGGACUUGGAGCAGAGGGUCCAGCUGCUGCAAUCCAAAAAUGACACUUUGCAGGGCACCCUAGAAACGCUGCAGAAUUCUUACAGGGAUCUGGAGAAAGAGCUUGAGCUAACAAAAAUGGAAAACAUGUCCUUUGUUGAAAAAGUAAACACAAUGACUAGGAAGGAAACUGAGCUGCGGAGGGAAAUGCACGAGAUGGCCCAGAAAACAGCAGACUUGAAAGAAGAAUUUGUCGGGGAGAGAAAUAGGCUGACUCAAGAAUUAACUAAAAUGUCAGAAGAAAUAAAGAGCAGUCAGGGUCAAUUGAAUGAGCUCAUGCUCGAAAAUAGUGAAUUGAAGAAGAAUUUGGAUUGCGCACAGAAGGACCAGCUGGAAAAGGAAGAAAAAAUGAGAGGGGAAGUAGCUGAGUGUCAGCUACGGCUUCAGGAAGCUGAAAAGAAACACCAGGCUUUGCUUCUGGACGCAAACAAACAGUACGAAAUGGAAAUCCAGACCUACCGAGAGAAGCUGACUUCUAAUGAAGAAUGUCUGUGCUCACAGAAGGCAGAGAUGGAACUCCUGAAGUCCAGUAAAGAAGAACUCAAUGAUUCUUUGAAAGCUACUACUCAGAUGUUAGAAGAAUUGAAGAAAACCAAGGAGGAUAAUGUAAAAUAUGCCAAUCAGUUGAAGAAGGAAAAUGAACGUGCUCAGGGGAAAAUAAAAUUGUUGAUCAGAUCCUGUAAACAGCUGGAAGAGGAAAAGGAGAUGCUGCAGAAAGAACUGUCUCACCUUGAAGGCACGCAAGAGAAACAGAAAACAGGUGCUGUUGUGGAUUCUAAUGUAGAGGAAUUAAUGGCUGAGAUAAAAGAAUUGAAAGAAGCUCUUGAAGAGAAAAACAAGGAGGCCGAUGAAUACUUGGACAAGUAUUGUUCCCUGCUCAUCAGCCAUGAGAAGUUAGAGAAAGCCCGAGAGAUGUUGGAGACGCAAGUUGCUCGUCUGAGUUCACGGUCUACACUUCAUCUCCAGGCUUCUCCAUUGCUAAAUGCGGUUGUUCCAGAAUCCUCUCCAGCCCCUUCUGCUACCGAAAUGAAGUUAUCAUCCAGCCAAAAUAAAGCUUCCGGCAAAAGGCAAAGGUCCACUGGGAUUCGAGAAGAUGGAGGGGGCACAGCGCCUUCUACCCCUGAGACAUUUUCUAAAAAGAGUAGGAAAGGAGGUAAAAGUGCUCUUCACCCCUCAGAAGAUGCCAGGGAUUCUGAGUUCGAGCCAGAGGGACUUCCAGAAGUUGUAAAGAAAGGGUUCGCUGAUAUCCCAACAGGGAAGACAAGCCCGUAUGUCCUUCGGAGAACAACCAUGCCAACCCGCACCAGCCCCCGCCUUGCUGCCCAGAAGUUAGCACCGUCCCCUCUAAGCCUCAACAAAGAAAAUCAUGCCGAGACCUCCAAAUCAACAGCUGGUGGCAGCAGAUCACAAAAGGUCAAAGUUGCUCAGCAAAGCCCCGUGGACUCAGGCACCACCUUCCGAGAACCCACCACGAGAUCUCUCUUGGCCAGUAACCUUCCUGAGAGGAGUCCAGCUGACAGCCCCAGGGAAGGCCUGAGGGCCAAGCGAGGCCGGCUCGCCCCCAGCCCGGAAGCUGUCCCCGAGUCCAAGAGCAGUGAGAACUGCAGGGUCCAGUAGACGCAGUCUUGUGUGUCGGGACCUUGGAAGGUGGCAGUGUCUGACUAGAGGAAAAGCAGGGGCUCUCCCUUCGUUAGGGAGCACGUUAUCUGUGGGAAGAAAACAUUUCCCUGUAAAUCGAAGUAUAUCAUACUCUUCAGCUCUCUCACGUGGCAGUAUUGGAAAUGUCUGGAAGCACUGGUCACCAGUUCAUCACGGACACUCUUCUCCCGUGGUGGAAAGGGUGCUGGAUAGCGCACUGUGGAGCUGUUACGCUUAAAUGGCAAGCACUUUGUCACAACUUCCGUUUGUAUGUGGAUUUUACCCUAAAGGGAUUCAAAAUACAUCUUCUGCUUCCAAGGACCAGCUCCCAGGAAAAUGUAAACGUUUGCCUGUGAUAUUUCCUAUGUAUAGAGGUAGGCCUGAAGUAAUUUUAGAUCAAGAAUUUCUCUUAGCCGAGUAACAUGAAGGAAAAUCAUGCACACAGUAUACAUACGGGGGUGUGUUCCUCCUUAUCUUCCAGUGUGUUUUCUAGAUGUUUGCCAACAGAACCUGUACAUACUUGUGUGUGAGGGUGAUGGGGUGGGGGGUGCGUUUAUUUCCAGCUGGCCUGGUCGCCGGUGCCUCCAGGAUGCAGUAGGUCAACAUUUUCUGUCCUUUGUACUGUUUCUUUUUUAGACCGAUUUGUUGGAGUUCUUUAGUAUAUGUUCUCAUCAGUAGUGAUCUUGUAUUAAAAUAGAGCAUUCUUUGUCCUAAUAAAAAAUUCACUUUUUUUUCUGUAAAAAUGUUUUCUAAAUAUUAAAUGCAUUAUGAACAUC